AUGGCCCGCUCACGCGGAGGAUGCCUGAAUUGUAAAGCCCGCAAGCGAAAAUGCGACCAAGCUCGUCCAGAGUGCCAGGCCUGCUCCCAAAGAGGCAUGAGAUGCCAGGGCUACUCUACGCCUCUGCGCUGGGUCAACGGUGUUGCUUCCAGGGGACGGUUUGCUGGUGCUUCUAUCCCCGACGCGUCAUUCGUUCAGCCUGAGACUCAGCCCAACACGCUCACGCUUCCACCUAUACAGUACACCCCCGAACUAUCAGAAGCAGGCUCCCUCUCAGCCCAUGAUCCCUCCAGCACUGAAUCAUCGUCGGCAUUUUCACCCGGUGCGGGUGGUUCAGAUCCGAUCUUUCAAAGAUUCCUUCGUCAUGGGCUUAAUCGGCUGUAUUCCACGGAAGCGAGUUCCUGGAUCAAGCCUUUCUUUGAGGAGAUGGCGCAUCAGAGUCCGGCGCUCGUCAUGAUUGCUGGCGCUAUACAGGGCUACCUCGAUGAUGGCAUGUCGGUCAAGUCCAUGGAGUAUGUUGAUUUGGCGUUGCAGACUUUUCGGCAGGAGCUUAGUGCUCGGUAUGAGAAGUUUCAUGUCGCGACUCUACUUCAAGGAAAACCAUGGACCAUGUAUCUCGAUCUCAUCGUCAACGUAUACGACCUGAAGAACAAACUCAAAACACCAGGUCAAAUCCCCAUCGACAAUCUCUACCACCGCCACCUCCUCGAAGUCCUCGGCGUCAUGGACAUUCCAUCCAUGGUCAUCGGCAGAUCCGGAGAACCUAUCGGCGUGUGGAAGCUCCUUCGUCGUCUUCAAGACGAUUUUCCAGAAGGUCGUGCGGACGGCAUCGAAGUCGUCUCAGGUCUUCCACGAUCAUUACUAGACAUCUUCGCUGGGCUGGUAGACAACGACCCAGAGUAUACGGAAACUCGCUUCUGGUCUUGGCCUGGCGAAGUAGGUGAGUCGUUGCAAGUACACUUAUGGGAAGCGUGGCGGUUCUCAGGUAUCCUCGAAGUCCGUCGUCGACUACGAAUGGAACGCAAAAGAAGAGGAAUGCCCGAGGAUAUUCCAAAGAACAACCAUUCUGACACAGAAGUCGUUCUAUGUCGUCUCAUCGCAUCAAUAGAUGCUCUUCAAAAAGCCUACGAAGAGCCACGCAACCAAGACCUUCUGGUGCACAACGGUUUGCCGUAUCCCGUCGUAACCGCAGGCCUCGAAGUUCCUCUCCUAAAACUCCAUCCUACAUGGAAGCAAACUCUGGAUGACGUCAAGUAUUCGUUUUUGUCAAAUGAUUCAUUUGAUCUAAUUAAUAUCAUAUUUCAGCUGGUCGACGCGGCGUGGGAGGAUGGUACGUCGACGUUUGAUAUUGAGAAGGCUGUACGGGAUAAAGGUAUUGAACUUGCGAUUUUCUAA